GGGUUUUGUUCUUGACGAACAUCUUGGCAAACAGUGCAAGUGGACUCCCGCGUCAACAAUGAGUAACAUGCAGAAGAUCGCGAGUUGUGCUUUGCUCCUCCUCCGAACAGGGUCAUGUCUCUUGAUUCUGUUGCAAAUUCCCUUAGGUGGAGCCUAUACCACUGCGGACAAGGGUAUAGUUUCCAGCUUGAGGGUGCCGCGGGGACGAAGUGUGUUGGGAGAUCCCGGAAUGAAGAGCGAGAAGGUGCGUGUGGCUGUGGAGGGCUGGAAUUUUUGCAACAGAGUAGGAAUUGAGUCGCCAGCAGCUCCAUCUCCUCGCUGGGCCGAUUGCACAGACAUCAACUGCGGGAACUCUCAUACCCCUGGAACGGAUCGCUGCGUUGCCAAACAUCAAGUAACAGACCUGGACAACAAUUUAAAGACAGGGGAGAGCUUCCCGAGCGGAACCUUUGAAGUAUCCAACGAUGCGGACUUGUAUGUUGUCGAGAAGGAGAAAUACUUAGCCAGUCUCUGCGAGGAAAACUCCUCUGGCGAGCCUUGGCAUUUCUGGAUGAUCAUGCUCAAGAAUGGCAAUUACGAUGAAUCGUCCAGUCUAUGCAGAAAUUUUGCCGGGAAACCUGUGAAGUUCUUCAAUCCCCGCAAUGAGUCCGAGUUGAGCGCAUUCCCCUGCUUCGGCCCAGGAUGCAUGAAUCAGCCGGUGGUCUUCCAGAACUGGUCCAACCCUCUUGAAACCGUGGACGAAGGGUCGCAAGCAAGCGACUCACGACCGACACUAUCAGGAUCUAUUUAUGGAACCUACGACGUGGAUCAAGCGGAGAGUAUAGGUUCCAACGAUUUUGGCAAUGCGUCCUACUUCUCGGUAACGUGGACAAAGAACGAGACAUCGGGUAGCUGGAUCUUCGCUCACAAGCUGACGGUGUCGCCGAAAUACCCAUGGCUAAUGCUGUACCUCAGAGCCGAUGCUACGUCAGGCGUCUCUGGGGGUUACCCCUGGGAGACUCGCGGCAUGAUGCGUAAGGUGCCUUCUUCGCCGAAUUUCAAGGUCGUGGUCACGUUAAAUGUGAUAGAAGGCGGCGGGCGAGCGAGUCAGUUUUACUUGAUCGACAUCGGUGGAUGCUGGAAAAAUUCUGGCGAAGCCUGCGAUGGUAAUAUGGACACAGACGUCACGCGUUACGUCGAAAUGAUAAUCAAUCCCCAAACGCCAUCCUGGUGUAGGCCGGACAAUUUAGCGCUUUGUCCACCCUAUCAUACAGCGAUAAAUGGAACGAGGAUCCCUCGCACCGACACAAACAACUUCCCUUACACGGCUUACCAUCUCUACUGCUCCCCGCCCAAUGCUUUAAACGCGGAGAAGCCAUUCUCUGUAUGUGAUCCCUUCAGCAAUCCGCAGCCCCAAGAGUUGAUGCAAUUGCUUCCACACCCUGAGUGGGCAGUACACGGCUACCCAGAGAAGAAAGGUGAUGGGUGGGUAGGUGACCCUCGUACUUGGAUACUCGACGUCGGAGCCCUGUCCAACCGCCUCUAUUUCUACCAGGAACCGGACACACCACCAGCAUUAAGAGUUUGGCCAUCAGUCGACGUGGGGACGGAGGUGUACGUGAGCUCCCAGCCAGCAACAGCGGAGUGGACCAUCAGCGACUUCGACAUCCUGAUCACUUCUUCCGAAGACAUCCCAGCCCUUGCCUAGUCUACUUAAGCCUGCAGGAAGGAGGAUAUCGAUGUGCUUGAAGGCAAGAAUAUAACUCUAAUGCCUCAUUUAUAAGAUUUACUAUUCAGUUGAAGCAAACAACUACAGAUAAACAGCGAAGCAGACUGAAAAUAGUGGAUCAACUCCUCACAACCCACCAUGUCACCUUACUGUCAGGCGUUUACAUUACAUUGCCCAGGAUGUUUCAGACACCAAUAAGGUUGCAGGGGUGCUGCAUUGAUGCCCCUUGCCAACAAGCGAAACCGCCAGUCGUUUAAUCUGUCGAGAGCCUCCGCUCCCCGCUUCAUCCCGUUGGGUGCCUUGUUGCCGGACCAGAGAGACUCCGCCAAGGCUGCUGCACGAGGCCACAGGAGGCUAUCCAGCACCGUGUCAUCCGCCUGUUCUGACCAUAAGGCCACCUCGCCACCGAGCACCAGCUUAGCCUCCUCCUUCGUCAAGUUGAAAGUAAUGUCGUAGUCGUAAAUUCUGGCCCAGGUCUUGAAUGGUGCACACCAUGAACCUCCAUCACCGCCAUAGUUGACGCGAUUAUUGGGGUCAUCAUCCACUUGUUGGUCAUACCUGCAAUGUAUCAAAAAAACAAUUGAACUUAAA